AUAUCGCUUAGCUUUAUUUUUAGCUUCAAUUGUUUUUUUUUGUUUUUUUUUGAGUCUCAACAAGUUUGUGUGAUAACUACCCAAUCCUUUUUGUUGAUGUCUUGGUUUCUUUGUGUUUGUGUGACGCUUUAUUGUUGCUCAUUGAUGCCCUUCUCACCGAAACCGUCAUUCCUUGCUGGGGAAUCUGGUCAGGCUUGAAAAUUCACCUUAACCCGGUUUCAGGGUCAUCUGACCUGGACUCCUCCCUUCUCAGACAAUCUUAAAAAUCUGAAAGCUAAGAUCAGAAGUCAGUACUACGAUUAACCGAGGAGCAAACACUUUCCAUCCAACGAAGCUGAACAAACGAGAGAAAAAUGGUGUCUAUGUGUCGACAGAUUCUAGGCCUGUCCCUGGCCAUUAUCGGUUUCUUGGGAGCGAUUAUUAUUUGCGCCCUUCCUAUGUGGAAGAUGUCUGCGUUCAUUGGAGCCAACAUUGUGACAGCACAGAUCAUCUGGGAGGGCUUGUGGAUGAACUGUGUAGUCCAGAGCACAGGACAGAUGCAGUGCAAGAUCUAUGACUCACUCCUGGCUUUACCUCAGGACCUGCAGGCUGCUCGGGCGCUUGUGAUCAUCGCCAUCAUUAUCUGCCUCUUUGGGCUCAUCCUGGGGAUUGCCGGUGGAAAAUGCACCAACUUUGUUGAGAGGGACGACAGCAAGGCAAAGGUAGCUAUUGCCAGUGGUGUGAUCUUCAUCGUCGCUGGAGUGCUGGUCCUGGUCCCCGUCUGCUGGUCAACUAACACCAUCGUCAGGGAUUUCUACAAUCCCAUCAUGACAGAUGCCCAACGGAGGGAGCUCGGGCCUGCUCUCUAUAUCGGAUUCGGAGCGGCUGCACUGCUGCUCCUGGGAGGAGGUAUUCUGUGCAGCUCCUGCCCACCUAAAGAGGAAAAAUACAACAUCAAGUACUCUCAGCCACGGUCCACUGCCACCAGCAGAGCCUACGUCUGAAAGUAAUCAAGCAUACAAAGACCUUUUCACUUACAAAAACCUAUUUUUUUCCCAUUUCUGUUUUUGUUUCCCAAGGAGAAACGAAGGGAGGACAGUCUCUGAUAUGGCGUAGUUUAUUUACUGAGACUUUGUGCUGUGAUUCUACAGAUCACUGAAUGAGAAAGUAUGCAUUUAUAAUGUGAUGAGAGGAAUCUAACUCAGUGAAGCUACGGAGAUCUGAAACUGUUUUUUUUAUUUUAUUUUAUUUUAUUAUAGAAACAAGCUGUUCUCGUUUUUGUUUUAUGUAUUUUUAUGUUCAAUAUGACAAUAUGAAUAGUUCCAUUAAUCAUUAUGGGUAUCUGACUGUUAAUCAAUUACAAAGGCCAUGGUUUUAUAAAAUGUGCAAUAACCAUAUACAUUUUUUUCUUACAUAAAUAAGCUUUUUUUUGCAAAGAUGUCUCAAUCAGUAAAUUUGUCUUACUUUUGUUUAUUAAAAUUAAUGCUUCUGUAAAACAGAUUAUUAAUACUGCAUUGGCUUCAUUUCAUAAUGAUAUUUUGACAGUACUGAAUAUUCUCACAUCAAAGAAAACUUAGAUUUUGCUGAAGCUUGAAAAUAGCGACAGAGAUGUUAGAGAAGAACUCCUGUAAAACCGGUUUUAAGCAAUGCUGUUAAACCAAUCUCUAUUUUGCUGUGAAAAAAAAAUUAAUAAACAACAAUCAUGCAUA